GCAAUGAAAGCUAGGGUUCCGCUUUAGUAUUUUUGACGUCCGGCGGAGCGGAAGGAACUGUAUAGAGCUGCGAAAAUGGUGGAGAAGGGAGCCAAAGGAAGAAAGGAAGAGGUUGUUACUCGAGAGUACACCAUCAACCUCCACAAACGCUUGCACGGAUGUACAUUCAAGAAGAAGGCUCCAAAGGCCAUAAAGGAAAUCAGAAAGUUUGCUCAAAAGGCCAUGGGGACAACUGACAUUAGAGUGGAUGUCAAGUUAAACAAGCAUAUUUGGAGCCGUGGAAUCAGGAGUGUACCAAGAAGAGUUCGUGUUCGCGUUGCUCGAAAGAGGAACGAUGAAGAAGAUGCCAAGGAGGAGUUUUACUCACUAGUGACUAUUGCUGAGAUCCCUCCAGAGGGUUUAAAGGGUUUGGGCACCAAGGUCGUUGAGGAAGAAGAAUGAAGCAUUCUACAUUUUAGGAUAAAGAGUGAAGUGGUAUGUCUGUGGAACCUCCAAUUUUGGCUAAUAUAUUUUAUCAUUUUAAAUGUUGGUUUUGUUUUGAAUUCUCAAAAGGGAAUUUCUGCACUGAAAUGAUAUUUAACUUUUAUGUUUUACAUCAUUUGACUUGUCAUAUCCACUAUUGUUUUCAUCU